UCAGGCAACAAGAGCAGACGAAAGUGGACCGUGGCCGGGGGUAUAACACGUACGACACAUCGAUGCCGGUCGGUUUAUUCUUCACUCGCCGACGAAAACGACGCGCUAUUUAAAAAGAGAGGAAAAGAACCGCGCGUGUGAAUUGCGUACAUUCGAUAUUUUUCGAAAGUCGGGAUCGAAUUAAACUUUUCCGGUCGAGAUACCAUCUACGCGGAAGCUAUCGCUGUCAUCGUCGCCGACGUUUCCAGAGCGAUUUUUCGCGGAUCAUCGAGCGACGAUAAACACAUAUAUAUACAUAUAUAUAUAUAGUGGCACAGGAGAAAGAGACGAUGUGCCGCACCGUUUUCCCUGGCGAUCCGGACUAGAAGAGAGAACGAGAAGAGGACAGAAAGAAAGACAGAGAGAGAGAGAGAGUGCGCGAAUCGAUAGCGCACGAUUUUGGUGGUGUCGGGUCAGCUGCUGGUGUUUUCCAUCCCCGAACUCGUAAGACUGUGCAUUUUCCCUUCCUGCUUCUCUCCCCUGGGAGAAUCGCGGUCUACGCGACAGGCGGUACCGGUGUCGGUGCACUGCUGAAGAAAGCCAUCCGUUUCCGCGAUGAGAGACACCGGUAACCAGGCCAAGUACGAGCAGCUCUUGGAUGACGCCGGCCUCGAGAUCCGCAACGACGAGAAAGAGCACAACGACGAGAAUGCGACACUGAACGAGGAAACUGAAAUGGGACUAAAGAACGCCGAAUGAAAUGAAAAAAAAAGAAAACAAAAGAAAACCGAUAAAAAGGCUGACCGAUUAUUUAUAAAAUCGCCUUCUUCUGACAUAGGAUACCGAUAGCUUAUCGAUUCGACGCACAGUGUAACAAGAUAAAGACCCCGAGAUGUGGUUGACGACAGCCGAAUCAGCUAGUCUCGGGGCGGAGGAGGUUGCAGCUAGAUUGCACGUUGAUGUACGAACUGGACUCACAUGGCAGGAAGCAGAUCAUAGAAGACAGUUGAUAGGUUUCAAUGAAUUUACUGUGAAGGAGGAGGAUCCACCAUGGAAGAAAUAUAUCGAACAGUUCAAGAACCCACUGAUUUUACUCCUACUUGCUUCUGCAUUCGUCAGCAUAUGUAUGAGGCAGUUUGAUGAUGCUGUUAGUAUUACUGUGGCUAUCAUAAUAGUGGUGACAGUUGCAUUUGUACAAGAAUACCGGUCGGAGAAAUCUUUAGAGGAAUUGAAUAAAUUGGUGCCACCGAUAUGCCACUGCUUAAGAGAAGAAUGUAUAGAGACGUUUCUUGCACGCAAUUUAGUUCCUGGGGAUAUUGUGUAUUUAAAUAUCGGUGAUAGAGUACCUGCCGAUAUCAGAAUAUUUGAAGCCAUAGAUUUGGCGAUUGAUGAAAGUAGUUUUACCGGGGAGACUGAGCCAUCGCAAAAAUCAACGGCUCCUCUACUCAAGAGCAAUGGAUUGACAUCGAAAAGAAAUAUUGCCUUUAUGGGCACUUUAGUGCGGUGCGGGAAUGGCAAGGGAAUUGUAGUGAAUACGGGAGAAAAGAGUGAAUUUGGGGAGGUUUUCUCGAUGAUGCAGGCCGAGGAGGCGCCAAAGACUCCACUACAGCGAAGCAUGGACAUUUUAGGUACACAGCUGUCCUUCUAUUCGUUCUGCAUUAUCGGUAUCAUUAUGCUGUUGGGCUGGAUCCAAGGUAAGGCUAUCCUUGAGAUGUUUACCAUUGGUGUAAGCUUGGCAGUGGCAGCUAUACCGGAGGGUUUGCCCAUCGUCGUAACUGUUACAUUGGCAUUGGGAGUGAUGAGAAUGGUCAAGAGAAAAGCUAUUGUGAAGAAAUUACCAACUGUUGAGACUCUUGGUUGUGUAAAUGUGAUAUGUUCUGACAAAACCGGUACUAUCACGAAGAAUGAGAUGACCGCUACGAUUCUUGUGACGUCGGAAGGUUAUAUCGCUGAUGUUACCGGAGCGGGAUACAAUAAUGUGGGUGAAGUACGGAUACGGAAAUGCGACAACACCGAUUUCGCUCGUGCUGCUAUCUCUAACAUGCUGGAAGUGGGUUGCGUAUGCAAUAAUGCAAUCAUACAAAACGAUACCCUACUUGGACAACCGACGGAAGGCGCGCUUAUAUCCUUGGCAAUGAAAUUCGGAAUGCACGGUAUCACCGAUAAAUAUUUGCGAUUGCAAGAAUAUCCAUUUUCUUCCGAACAAAAAAUGAUGGCUGUGAAAUGCACGCCGAAGUUUGGCGAGAAUAGACAAGAAAUAUACUUUGUAAAAGGCGCUUUAGAGAAGAUUUUGCCGCAAUGUACAAAGUAUUACGAGAAUGGUCAAGUGUAUCCCCUUAGCCAGAAGAAGGAUCAAGAAUUCUUGACAGAAGCAUACGAUAUCGGUCAACAAGGAUUGAGAGUGAUUGGUUUGGCACGUGGCUCCUCAUUACAAGACCUUAUUUACGUCGGUCUGGUUGGUAUUUGCGAUCCACCGAGACCGCACGUACGCGAGUCUAUCAGCAUCUUAAUAAACAGUGGCGUUAAAGUGAUAAUGGUGACUGGUGAUGCCAAGGAAACUGCAGCUGCAAUAGCUAGCAUAAUUGGAUUGGAUACGCUUCACAGUCGAUUACUAUCGGGAGAUGAAAUCGACAUGAUGUCUGAGCAUCAAUUGGAACAGUGCAUCAAUAAUGUUAGCGUAUUUUAUCGUGUGACACCCAAGCACAAACUUUGUAUUGUAAAAGCCUUACAAAGGAAUGGCAAUAUAGUGGGUAUGACUGGUGAUGGUGUAAACGACGGAGUAGCAUUAAAAAAGGCUGACAUAGGCAUCGCCAUGGGCAAAAAUGGUACUGACGUGUGCAAGGAAGCGGCCGAUAUGAUUUUAGUCGACGAUGAUUUCGGAACCAUUAUUGCGGCGAUCGAGGAGGGAAAGGGAAUUUUUCACAAUAUUCGUAAUUUCGUAAGAUUUCAGUUGAGUACUAGCAUAGCCGCGCUCUCUCUGAUUGCUCUUGCAACAUUGAUGAGUAUACCAAACCCCUUAAAUGCUAUGCAAAUACUAUGGAUCAAUAUCAUUAUGGACGGUCCGCCUGCUCAAAGCCUUGGCGUAGAACCAGUUGAUAAAGAUGUGUUGAAACAAAAACCACGUAACACAAAAGAGCCAAUGAUCACGCGUCACCUCAUAAUCAAUGUUUUAUUGUCGGCCACUAUCAUCAUUCUUGGUACUUUAUGGGUAUACAACAGAGAGAUGGUUAAUGGAAAUACUGCGAGAGAUACUACCAUGACAUUUACUUGCUUUGUAUUCUUCGAUAUGUUUAAUGCUCUUAGCUGUAGAUCACAGACAAAAUCUAUAUUCACAAUCGGAUUAUGGAGUAACAAAAUGUUCCUUGUGGCGGUAACGUUGUCUGUCAUUGGACAAAUGUUUGUGAUCUACUUUCCUCCAUUGCAAAGAAUAUUUCAGACUGAGGCUCUCACGGCGAAAGAUCUUUUAUUCCUGGCAGCGUUGACAUCGAGUGUCUUCGUGAUUAGUGAGAUAAAGAAAUUCAUCGAGAGACAGCUGCAAAGACGUCACGUCAACAGCCAGUAUUAUAACAAGUUCGAAAUGGACUUUGUAUGACAGUUGCAGUCUGCCGGCGAGAGCAAGGCGGACAAACAUCAUAAUGACUAAGCACAUUAUUCUAUUACCUCUAAUUAUCGGCGAUAUCUCGAUACAUAUGCAAUCGCAUUCGCGACAUUUAUAAUUGAACAUUUUACUUCUAACCCACAUCUACUCGACUAUGCUUGCACAUUCGUAACCUCGUUAUAUAGAUGCAGUUAAUACACGCAAAAAAGAAUAAUGAUAUUCUCUUGACAAAGAUUCUAUGUAUUGAUUGCGCAGUGACUGCGGGCUUUUGUACAUCGUUGAUAGAUUCGAAUUUUUUUUUGUUUUUUUUUUGUUUUUAUAGUAUGUCACACAUAGUAUGUCAUACAUAUAGAAGAGAGAAACAUUUCGAGAUGUAGUAGAUUAUGUAGACAGUAGUUAUUAGAUUAUUUCAUUAUCGUCUUGACAAGAGGAUCACCUUAUCAUAGAAAAUAGCAAAGCUACUGCACAUUCCAUGCACGUUUGAUAGAUCAAAGUGAAUUUUAACAAUAAUAUAUCUAUAAUAUAGUCAUAGACUGCAGUCCAAAGCAAUGUUUGCACCGAAUCAUUGUAUCUCUCUCUCUCGUACACACUUUUCUAAAUAAUGUGCAUAAUUUUUAAGAUCCAUUUGUGAGAAGAAACGUCGAUUCCGCCAUUUAUUCAUUCAUUGUCAAUCAAUUCACGUUAGAGGAGAAGCGAAUCAUGCAGCAUUUUACCGAGUAAGAAAAAAAAACAAACUUGUUGUAAUUAACCUCACAGUCAUACAAAUCGAUUGCAUUUAAGAAUAUAGUUCUCUAAUCAGCGAAAA